AUGGUCACAUCUUUUUCUUCUUCACACCAGGUUUCCAAGAUGCUACUUCAUUCAGCUCUUAGUUUGUGCUUUCUUGUUGCUUUUGUUGGAAGUUCUUUGUCACCUUUCACACAGGAUGAGCUGUACUCAAAAAUUGGCAAUAACCAUAUGCUGGCAAAAAAGGAUGUUGUGUCCCUGAUCAAUGUCCAGAAACCUCUGCUCUAUGAAGAAUUCCUGGCAAGAGACUGCAGGGCUGCCUUUCUCCGAGGUCGGAAGCGAAGUGGCCUCUACAUCAUCCGUCCCAAAUUUUCUCCUUUGCUGGUGGUCUAUUGUGAUAUGGAGCAUGAUGGGGGUGGCUGGACAGUCUUGCACAGAAACCUUCUCAGCCAAAAGUCGCCAUCGUGGUCAAACAACUGGGAUGCUUAUAAGUAUGGCUUCGGAAACCUGCUGGGGAACCACUGGCUUGGCAAUGAAUUCAUGCACCGCUUAACUAAGCAGAACGCCUUCUCUGUGAGAUUUGUUAUAAUUGACAGCAAUGGGCAAAUCAAGCAUGCAGAUUAUCAAAGUUUUAGAGUUGAUGGUGAAGACACCGGUUAUGCUUUGAGACUAGGGAACUAUUCAGGGAAUGCAGGAGAUGCAUUGACCUCUUGGGGUGAAGCAGGAAUCCAUGACAACAUGAGGUUUUCAGCCAGAGAUCAGGAUCAUGACCGUAGGGUCUCUACAAACUGUGCACUAGAAAAUGGUGGUGGGUGGUGGUAUGAUAACUGUUACUCAGCCCUGUUAACCAGUAAUAACCAGAUUUACUGGAAAGGGUUGUGCACAGAGCUUAGCAGCUGCUCCUUAGCUUCCAUCAUGAUUAGACCAAAUGGGAAGAACUGCAACAAAUAUUCAAAAUCCUAA